AUGAUCGGACAAGUGAACGUGUUAUCGGGAUUUCUCAUAGCGAGUCGGAACAGGUCGGGUGGAUCUAUAUGCUCGGGGGUGUCGAGACGAGGUGUAGCGCAGUCUGGUUUCAUAAUUAUCUCUUUUGCAUCAUAUACUUUCUUUUUCACUCUUCUGUUUCGGGAAAUGGAAGAGGGCGAGCUGCCAAAUCCCCCGCAGGCCCUGCCCGAAGACCCGUUCUUUUCCGGGGCUGGCUUGGCUGGCAAGAAGAAGAAGAAACUGACCGAGAUCACCAGCGAGGGCCCCAUCAUAAAUAAGGAAUAG